AUGUUGGCAAACAAGAUGAAUGAUGCCACAAAUCUCAUUGAAAGUUGUAAAUUUGAUAAAGUGGCACGUCCAGCUGAUCAUCUAGGCAUAUGCUCUAUUAUUUCAACAAAUUUUAUGGAUUUUGAAAGUAGAAAGUCAAAAUCCAAAGAAUUGGUUAAAGCAUUGGAGAAUGGAAAUUAUUACAUAAUCGGAUUGCAGGGCUUAGGGGGCACAGGUAAAACUACACUUGUUACACAAGCAGGAAAACAAGUUGAAGAAUCUAAAGCAUUUCACAAAGUCAUCUUCACAGUUGUGUCUAAUCCUCCAAAUAUCAAGAAGAUUCAACAAAACAUUGCAAUGCAAUUAGAUUUGCCAUUAGAGGAAGGAAAGGAAGAAAAACACUCAGAGGACUUAUGGAAGAGGAUUGUUAAUAUUAAAGGGAAGAUACUUAUAAUACUAGAUGACGUUUGGGAAAAGCUAGAUCUUAGAGGCAUAGGGAUUCCCAAUGGUCUUGAUCAGAAGAAUUGUUGUGUUUUGAUAACCACACGUGAUACCAAAGUUUGUGAAGUAAUGAGAUGCCAUUUAAUAAUUGCACUACAAACUUUAAAUGAAGUGGAUGCAUUGAAUCUUUUCAAAGAAAAUGCUGGAUUAGAAAGUGAUAAUUCUUCCAAAUUGGGUGUGGCAAGAGAAAUUGUGAAGGAGUGUGGAGGACUACCACUUGCAAUUGUGACAGUAGCAACAACAUUGAAAGGUUGGAAUCUACGAGAUUGGAAGAAUGCUUUGAAAACCUUGCAAAACUCUGGACCAUUGCAAAAUAUUCAUCAAGACUUGGUAAAGGUUUAUAGAAGCAUGGAGUUAAGCUAUAACUAUCUUGGGGUUGAAGCCCAAAAACUCCUCUUGUUAUGCUCUCUCUUUCCAGAGGAUUAUGAAAUUCCUAUAUCCCUUUUGAGCAAACUUGGUGUAGGAUUGGGCCUUUUUGGGGAAGCUGACAACUACUCUUCAGCAAGAAGAAAAGUGAUUCCUGUAAAAAAUGACCUUAUUAAAUCUUCAUUGUUAUUGGAGCCUAAGGAAAGUUGUGUGAAGACGCAUGACUUAGUUCGUGAAGUGGCCUUAUGA